UAAUAAAACCCUAACAAAUUGCGACGGACGACGGUAGAGGAGCAGGCAUUAGAAUUAAGAACACACACUCUCUCGAUUCCGAUUUUAAAGAACCCUACCUUGAUAGUUGUGUUCCCCUCUAUUUGAUUUGACAACAAAUAUGGCGGAUUUGGAUUUGGAGCAGCAGAAGAAGAGUAGAAAAAGAGAAAGAGAUACUAAAGAAAAAGCGAAGAAGAAGAUGCUAAAGAAGCUAGCAAUUAAGCCAGAGAAUGAAUCAAUCUUAAUCCACGACGAACCGAAUGAUAAGAAGAAGAAGAAGAAGAAGCUAAAGCAGCGUGGAGAUGAUGACGAAGAGAACGAAACAGCGGUAACAGCUAUUAGCAAUGAUGAAGAGCCCCAGAAGAAGAAGAAUAAGAAGAAGAGCAAGGAUGUGAAUAUUGUCAAGUCAAAAGAAAAAGAAGAAGACAAUGGCCAAGAGGAAGAGGAAGAAGAAGAGAAAGGGGAGGAAACUAGUGGGAGUGGUAUAAUGACUGGUGAAACGUUCGAGUCAUUGAAUUUAUCUGAUAAAACUUUAAAAUCUAUCAGAGAGUUUGGUUUCAAAUUCUUGACUGAGAUACAAGCUAAAGCAAUUCCACCAUUGAUGCAGGGAGAAGAUUUCCUUGGAGCUGCCAGGACUGGUUCUGGUAAAACCUUAGCUUUUCUUAUUCCUGCUAUUGAGCUUCUUUACAAUGUCAGCUUUACUCCUCGCAAUGGUACUGGUGUUAUCAUCAUUUGCCCAACUAGAGAGCUUGCUAUUCAGUCUUUUUUGGUAGCCAAAGAGCUUCUCAAGUAUCAUUCACAGACUGUGGGAAAGGUUAUUGGCGGUGAGAACAGAAAGAAAGAAACUGAGCUUCUUGUCAAAGGUGUUAAUUUGUUAGUUGCUACCCCUGGAAGACUUCUCGACCACCUUCAAAACACUAAUGGUUUUGUAUUCAAGAACUUGAAGUAUCUUGUAAUGGAUGAGGCUGAUAGGAUCUUGGAACAGAACUUUGAAGAAGACCUGAAGAAGAUUAUCAAGAUUUUACCAAAGACAAGGCAGACGUCCCUGUUUUCCGCCACACAGACUUCCCAGGUUAAGGAUCUGGCUCGGGUGUCACUUAAAGAACAUGAAUAUGUUUAUAUCGAUGUGGAUGAAGGACGAAAAGAGGUUACAAAUGAAGGCUUGGAGCAAGGUUAUUGCGUUGUGCCAAGUGCUAAGCGAUUAAUUUUUUUACUGACCUUCUUGAAGAGGUUCCUUGGGAAAAAGAAAAUCAUGGUGUUUUUCUCUACAUGCAAAUCGACAAAGUUCCAUGCCGAGCUCUGUCGAUAUAUCAAAAUAGAUUGCCUUGAAAUCCGUAGAGGGAUAGACCAGACCAAAAGAACCGCAACAUUUAUGCAAUUUUCAAAAGCGGAAACGGGUAUUUUGUUGUGUACUAAUGUUGCUUCCCGUGGUCUUGAUAUUCCUCAUGUGGACUGGAUUGUGCAAUAUGAUCCACCUGAAGACGCUAACACGUAUAUUCAUAGAGUUGGUAGAACCGCUCGUGGUGAAGGAGCAAAAGGAAAGGCUCUGCUUGUCCUAACUCCAAAUGAGUUGCAAUUUAUUUGGCAUCUCAAGGCGGAAAAAAUUCCCGUUGAGCAACAUGAAUUUGAAGAAGAUAAAUUGCUCAAUGUGAAAUCUUUUCUGGAGGACUUGAUAACUAAAAACUAUGCAUUGAAGGAGUCAGCAAAAGAAGCAUACAAGACUUACAUUGCAGGAUAUGAUUCUCACAAGAUGAAAGAUGCCUUUGAUGUUCACCGACUCGAUCUCAAAGAUGUUGCGGCUUCGUUCGGUUUCGCCAAUCCUCCCAACGUUGCUCUGAAGAUAGAUCGAGGAGGGUACAAGAGUAAGAGAGAACCGGUUAAUAAGUUUAACAGAGGUCGCGGCGGUAGAGCCGGCGGUAAAAAAUAUGAGAGGUAUUAAAAAUACAGACUAAAAUUAUAGUUGCAGAAGAACCAAGACAACGUCGUAGUUAGUAUAACUGGCACAAGCUUGUUACGAUUGUUGUAUCUUUUUUCUUGGUUCUAUUACGAUUGUUUUAUCUGGAACCAGACAAAGGAAGACCAGUGUUGUGACUGUUGUCCCGUUACUUAGAAAUUUUGAUCAUUUUUUUUUUUUGCAAUCAAACUCUAUAUAAAAAUGGCAGUUCCUAUGAAGGCCUU